AAAGAUUGUGCUCCUCUUGUCAGGUCAUUUCUUUAUGUUGGAAGUGAUUAAAUUCUGAUUAGCCAUAAAUUACUCAUCCUCUGGAGCUAUAAAAGCUUCUGGCUUUCUGUCAGAGGGCACAGUUAAGUCCAAGAACCCCAGGAGUUAAGGUUGGUCUUGUUCAUCUGCAGCCAUGAAAUUCUCCCUUGUUGUCACUCUUGUCGUGCUGGCUGUUGCCCAUGGCACUGAGGCCGGGUCACUGGUGAAGCGUGAUGUCCAGUCUGAGGUGGACAGGAUCACCAAGAUUAUCAAUGACAUGUCCGCCAGCAUCACCACCGCAACCCAGGACAUGGUGGAGAAGGUGAAGGCUCUUGAGGUGACCAACACUGCCCAGACUUACAUGGAGGACAGCAGGGCCCAGAUCCAGCCUCUGGUUGAGAAGGUCCAGGCCGAGGCCGCCAAGCUGCAGGAGCAGGUCAAGCCCUUCAUCGCCAACAUUGAGGAACACAUCAAGCCCUUGACCGACAACUUCAACACUCAGGUCAAGCCUCUGACCGACAACUUCCACGCCCAGGUCAAGCCUCUGACCGACAUGAUGGAGAAGCUCUUCCAGCAGGUGAUGGACCAGACCAAGGCCCUGCUGCCCCCCCAGUAAAGCUUGCUGUUGGUUCGUUCCAGCUGCAGUAACACCCAAGCCGAGCUAGAGCUCACUUUUGGUUCUGCCCAAAAUGCUUCACUGGUAUUUGUCUGUCAUACUUGUCUCUCUCGAAUUCAUCUGAGAUGUGAUGCUUGAAUGUCAUCAAUAAAGGGGUUUGAAAGUAA